GCACGGGGAGCUGCGGCGGGGGCACCCGGCCCUGCCUGGUUUUGAGGCGGGGGAAAGCAGCUCGGCUUUCUGUGCCGCAGCCCCGCCGCCGGCUGAGUGCACGGGGUCGGGGAGGGACGGAGCUCGGGCUGCAUCGCGCGCUGUGCGGUGAAUGAAGGCAGGCUCGGAGCGGGGAUCCCGGCACCGGGGGGGCCCUUCUGCAUCCGGGUGCGUCCCCCCAAGGUCACUCCCACCCCGCACCCUCCUCUGCGCUCGCACCGCCGCCUCUCUCCCUCCGCAUCCUCCAGCCCUGGGCGAGCAUCCCCCCUCCCACCGCCGCCCUACAAGAGCCCGCUCCCUCCUCCCUCCCUCCCAUUGAGCUCCGGCGGCGUCGGGCCGAGCGCGGCGGGCCCCCCCCCGCACCCCAACCCGCGGAGGGCGGGGAGGGAGCGCGGAGGGAGCGCGGAGAGGGGCGGGAGCGGCCGCGCGGAGGCGCAGAGCGGCCCCGCGGCUCCGCAGCCCCGAAGCCCGGCAACAAAGAGCGCACCGCUCCGCUCCUCCCCGGGAUGUAGGGCCCUCCGUGCCCCGCUCCCGGCCCCGCAGCCCUCCAUGCCCCCGCGCUGAGCCCGUUCCGCAUCGCCAUGGGGAAAUCCAACAGCAAGUUGAAGCCUGAAGUUGUGGAGGAGCUGACCAGGAAAACGUACUUUACAGAGAAGGAGGUGCAGCAGUGGUACAAGGGCUUUAUCAAGGACUGCCCCAGCGGGCAGCUCGAUGCCGCCGGCUUCCAGAAGAUCUACAAGCAGUUCUUCCCCUUCGGUGACCCAACCAAAUUCGCCACCUUCGUGUUCAAUGUCUUCGAUGAGAACAAGGACGGGAGGAUCGAGUUCUCAGAGUUCAUCCAGGCGCUGUCCGUCACCUCCCGGGGGACGCUGGACGAGAAGCUGAGGUGGGCCUUUAAGCUGUACGAUUUGGACAACGAUGGCUACAUCACGAGGAACGAGAUGCUGGACAUUGUGGAUGCCAUCUACCAGAUGGUGGGAAACACUGUGGAGCUUCCUGAGGAGGAAAACACACCGGAGAAGAGGGUGGAUCGGAUUUUUGCCAUGAUGGACAAGAACGCAGACGGGAAGCUGACGCUGCAGGAGUUUCAGGAGGGCUCCAAGGCCGACCCCUCCAUCGUGCAAGCCCUCUCCCUCUACGAUGGGCUCGUAUAGUCCCAGGGCCGAGCGGCGCUCAUGGGGAAGACGCUCUCUGUGCCAUCCGACCACGCAGCGACGCUUGCCUGCCCCUCUCCGGCCCUCCUCCAUGUCCCGCGAGCCAAGGAUGCAGCGCAGCGCCAGCUCCCCCCCCUCUCUGCGCUCCGAACCAACGCCGUCGCCAUUUGCCAACUUCUGCUUUUUUUUUCCAAAACAACAACAACAACAACAAAAAGACCAUGGUCUGAGCGGCAGCGAACACCCGAAACCUGGGGGCCCGGGGCAAUGGGUCGGAGCGGCACCGAGGGCAGAGCCCCCCUGGCCCCGAGCCCCCCCUGCUCCUCGUCCCUAGGGUCUGGGGUCGGACUGCGAUGCGCCUCUCCGGGACGCAGCUGGGGACGGAGCCCGCAGGGGUUAUAGGGAUAUAUAUUAUAAUAUUAUAAUAUUAUUAUUAUUAUUAUUUUGGUGA